AUGGGACAGGGGCAUGGCGCACAGGUGCAGGUGAAACUCCUCCCAUUCCUUCACGGUCUCCCGGCUUCAAAGUUGCUCAGAGUCCACGGCCCCACAUUGGCCGUCAAUAUAGGCCUGGCCCAGAAGAAUCUGGAAGAGGUGCCAGUCAAUCCAGACUUUGAUGCACAUAAAGUGGAAGGACGUUGGUUUACCAUCCAACUGGCCACAACCCUCAGGGACCUAGUCUUGCCCACUGACCCCCUGAGACUUUCUCUCCACUCCAUUUGGACCAGAGACAAUGGGGAUGUGAACUUUGUGCUGUUUGAGAAAGGAGAGGGGUUGUGCACAGGAUUUAAUGUUACCGUCCAUCCAACUGGGCUCCAAGGCCAGUACCAAGGAACCUUUGAUGGGGGCAGAUUGCACGUGCAUUUCGUCAGCACUGACUACAACCACCUCAUUCUUUAUGCACGUUUUGAGGACAACGAAGUCAUCAACCUGUGGGCACUUCUGGCGAGAAGAAUGCUUGAAGAUCCCAUGUGGCUGGGCAAAUACCUGGGAUUUGUAGAGAAAUUCUACCUUCAAAAGGCCCUCGUCUUCAACAUAGCUGCUCUGAUAAUGUUCGAAUACCAGCUACAGGACAAGGAGGCGCUGACGGGAGGCGAAAUGACCUAG